ACAAGCGGCGGGCGGCUCGGGCACAGCCGUGGCCCCGCAGGUGGAGGUGUCUCCGGCGACGACACCACGCCGGCUGAUCCGAGGCCGGAUCGCGCCGCCCGAGAUCUGCCGGGGGUGCAGGCGUGGAGCGGCGGAGACGCGCGCUUCCAUGGGCUGGGCUCCCCCCGCGGGUCGGCAUCGCCGCCAGCCGCGGGCAGCGGGAGACGGGAGGGCGGUGGCUGCGGCCGGCGGCGGGGCCCCGCUGCCCACGGGCACGAGGCCGGGCUGGGCCGGGGCAUGGCCCAGCGAGCGGCCCGCACGGCAGCGGAUGAGCUAGCCAACGCCGCCGCCCGCGGCGAUCUGCAGCGUGUGAGAGAGCUGCUGGACGGCGCGGCCGACCCCAACGCUGUCAACUCCUUCGGCCGGACCCCCAUCCAGGUGAUGAUGCUGGGCAGCCCGCGCGUGGCCGAGCUGCUGCUGCAGCGCGGCGCCGACCCCAACCGCCCCGACCCGCUCACCGGCUGCCGCCCCGCGCACGACGCGGCCCGCGCCGGCUUCUUGGACACGCUGGCUGCGCUGCACCGCGCCGGGGCGCGCCUCGACCUGCCCGACGGCCGCGGCCGCCUCCCCCUCGACGUGGCGGCCGGGGGCCCGCACGGGCCGGUGGGGUGCUACCUGCGGCGGCCGCCGCCGCUGCCGCGAGCACCCCCUCCCUGAUUCAUUGCCCGGCCCCCGGACCGUGCUGCCACCGGGACGCAGCAGGGAUUAGAGGGAUGCGUGGAUUUUAGCACGCUGCUCUUUGCACGAGUCUACGUGCUGCCCUGCGCUUGCAACCCCCUCGCCCUUUCCCUUUCACACGGGAGUUCAAACACUGUGAAGAGAUGAAGGAAAUGCUCCCUUCGCUUCGUGUCCGAGCUUUCUGCUAAGCCUCGAUCCGAAGCUUCCCGCUCCCCUGCCGAGUCCCACCUUCAUCAGCACGAAGCGGCUUACCCCGCAGCUUUGGAGCCGACCGGGGCGGCGGAGGCCGCCGCUCUCCCUUGCAAAAUCAGAACAGAGGGGAACGAACGUUUUGGUAAACACCUCCUGCCAUCCACGCAAGGUGCUGCGGCAUGUCGGUACAUGAGCCCGUGGUGCAUCUGCGGCUCCUCUCACGCCGUCAGCAAGCACAGGACCUGCAAGAAGAAAACAGCGAUUUGUGCCUCUGCAAGCCCGACGCCGCCCUCGCUUGAAGGAAUACGCGCAGGUGACCUGCUCCGAUCCGCUGCGAGUUUAACAGUAUUCUGAAGGAAACCACCAAAAACGAAAACAUAACAGAACUAAAAAUUAAAAGUUGGACUUUCACGUGUCUCUGAUUUCUCCAGGCUGCCCGAAACCGGCACGUUUGGCAACGAAAGAACCACACCGAUGAGUUCUGGCUCUACGGUGACCCCUUUCCCGGAGGAAAAGCGGCGAGAGCCGGGCGGAUUAUGCGCUCCAGCGUCACCGGGACGGAGCGCAAAGCGGGAGCGGCAGAUUGGGCAGCGCUGGCCCCGCGCCGCAGCUCUGUGCGGUCCGUGAAGCGUCCGGAGAGAGCUCGUGGGGAAAAAGACUUCGAUUUGCGUUCAUAGUCUCCGCCUCGUUCAUACAAAAAUAGUAAAUAUAACAAAUAUGCAAUUAAAUGUAACUUAUUGGGAUUUCUAAUUAUCGCAACGUAAUCUCAUGCAAUUCUCGCUUUAUAAUUAGUUUGUGUAAACUGACACUCCGUAGAUAUGAAGUUUUGCCGUUUGUGAAUUUAAUUCAUGUACGUAACACGGAUUUCAAAACGCUCUGAGUAUGUGUAUGUAUGAUAACAUUGCGAUGGUACAUCAAGCCUAUACAUGCUUAUCCGUUAUUUUUAUAUGUAAUACAUUUGUGCUUUUCUAUGUUCACUAUUUAUGCUCACGAGAAUGUACAAAAAGCUCACAUUAAAUUUAAUACAAAUGCAAAACACUUGCCUUGUAUAAGAAUGCCUGAGACGUUUAUUAUGCACGCGUAUUUAUGUAGGAAACACUUGAAAAGAAAACACAACGUAGGGUGACGACAUUCUCCAGGCUGCACGCUGCUGGGUGCCGGUGCGCGUCACGGCCGUGAGCCAGCGAGGGCAGAGCCGGGCGCGGCUGCGGGGUGAUCGGCGGGGCCGGGAUGCAGCGGGGCUCGGGACGGAGCUCAGCCCGAUGCCCUCUCUCUGUGUAAUUGUGAGGAUCUAAUAGGCUGCGCUCCCCACCUCAGUCAGGCCAGGAUUCCUAUUCAAAGAUAUUUUUCUCCAAGCACCGGAAUUCGAUGUAAAUUUUUUCCACGGUGAGAACAUCUGCGUUAUGGACUAUGAAAUAACAACAACAGCAGCAACGCAUAAAACCGGUCAUAAUAACCAGCGACCCCCAGGCCGCCCUCGCUGCGUUUGUGGAAUAUCAAAACCCGACAGCGCAAAUAGCCGUAACUGCGCCCCGCGGAGCGGCGUGGGAGCAUCACCCGCGUCCGGCCCACGGCAAGGGACGC